GCUCGUGCCUGUCUGUCCUUUUUCUGACGGUCUAUCGUAUAAUGAGAAAAAUAGCAAUAUUUAUGAAAUCAUAUUUGUAUACAAAAAAUAAGUGAUUUGAAAACGUUCAAACAUGGAUAAAUGUGCAAUAUGUCUCAAGCCUGCAGUUCAACUGUUUGAAACUGGAAAAGAUGGUGUUUACGCGUGUUUUAAAUGUCAGCCUCUCGUACCAGAAGUGACUAUUGGUGACCAUCCAUCUGAAGCCACAGAGCCAAAGUCUUCCAAAACCAUUGAGGUGAGCAUAGACCCAGAUGGAUUGUAUUGUGAUAUAUGUGAGAAGUCUUUUCAGAAGAGCACCCAGCUGCAGAGUCACAUGCGCAACCACCGUGCGGAGAGGCGCUUUGUUUGUACAUAUUGUAAUAAAGCGUUCUCACAAUCAAAUAACUUGAGAGCACAUCUCCGUAUACAUACAAAUGAACGGCCAUACAAAUGUUCAGAAUGCGGCAAAGCUUUUACCCAGGUGACAAAUCUAAACAACCAUGUCCGUUUGCACACGGGCGAGCGGCCAUACGUGUGUCCGGAGGAAGGCUGCGGCAAAGCAUACGCUCAGGUGACAAAUCUGAACCAGCACCGCAAGCGGCACCUGUCUGGUCCUCCGCCGAAGUCUGCAUAUGACUGUCCCGUCUGCGGGGAGAGCUUCCAGCAGCGGAACCACAUGCAUACACACAGGCGAAUGGUACACGAAGUAUCAAGUGAAGUUGGUAAGAAGGGCAAGAAUAUAGCUCGUCUGUGUUGUGGCGAGUGCGGCGAGGUGCAGGCUGACAGCACCGCGCUGCGUCUACAUCUCGCCUCACAUCAUCUACACACCGACCACAAUGAUGACAAGCGAGUGUAUUCUUGCGUGUUCUCGUCGUGCGGCGAACGGUUUUUAUCUCCGAGUCAGCACACGGAGCACCUGCUGCGUGCGCAUCAGCUGCGUGUGAUGACUGCACGUGCGCCACACCCGCCACGUCGCGGACGACCUCCCAAAGUGUCAAGAGAUAUUUAUGAUCCGGAAGAGAAUUCCAUGUAUGAUGAGGUAAAAAUAACGAAACAAGAAAGGCAAUACUCUCCUAAAUUAAAAGUACAGAGUCUGUUUCAAUGAGUAUCGUUCUGUUGACGUUUCUUAAUUUGUAUCAUAAUGUGUACGGAUCUGUUUGAGAGAGAAAGUGAGCGAGAUAGAUAUAUACAAGAGUGUAAGAAGGACAGAGACGGAAGAUAUUCAAAACGUCAGGGGUGUAUUUGGUCGUAUUUUAUUUCAAAUGAAAAUUGCUUUCAUUUUUUGCAUUUAAAAUUUAAAAAGAGAUAUAAAUGGUAUAUAUAAGGAAGUAUUAGAUUUGUAUUAAGUGAUAUUUUUAAGUGCAAUUUCUUAAUAAGAUAGUUUAUGAUAAAGAUAUAGUUUCUUUUAAAAUAUAGAUAUAACUGUGUUUUUUGUGACCACAGCUACGUUCGCACAAUUAACUAAUCGUGCAUAAUAACAUGACAUCUGUUACCU